AUGGAGCCAUGGGAAGGAGUGAAGAGAUGUCGUCAAUUCGGGAAUCGCUCCAUUCAGGAAGACAUGCUCUGGGACAAGUUCACCAUUUUCACCCCACAAAGCGAAGAUUGCCUCUAUCUGAACAUCUUCGCCCCUGCGAUUGAUCCCACAAAGAGCUACCCGGUGAUGUUCUACAUCCAUGGAGGUGGCUUCAUGAUGGAUUCCGCUGUACGAUACAAGCCUGAGAAUAUGGCACGAUUGAUCGCCCUGAAAUGGACCAAAGAAAACAUCCACCAUUUCGGUGGGGAUCCGAAUCGGAUUACGGUAGCAGGACAGAGUGCUGGAGCCGUCUCAGCCGACCUGCUCUCGCUUUCGCCCCUCUCUCGCGGCAUGUUCAAUCGUAAAAUUGUCAUGGGCGGAAAUUUCCUUCUGUUAUUGGGCCACCCACCACAAAGGAGAAGUGUGCUGAAUAUUGCCGGACAGAAAGCGCUGAAAGCUUGGCUGGAAAGCCCCGACAAGAGGUGCCUCACUCCUUCUCAACUUGCGACUUUUUCAAGGAUAUCACUCGAAGGAAGAGGAAAGCCAAGACAUCCUGGAUUUUAUGCGAACAGUGCCGGCUCGAAGGUACCACAAUACUUCUUUCCGUCGAUUUUCCCACUCAUUUUCCCUGCAAGUCCACCGUUUUGCAGGCUUGGCAUACAUAUGGUCGGCAAUGAUGUGUUCUUCAAUGAAGCUCGACUUCCGCUGGCGCCUGUGAUUGACGGCGAAAUUCUCCCGAAAGCGAUUCCUGAACUUCGCGCCGAAGCGCCUCCGAUGGAAUCGCUUACCGGCGUCGGACGGGCAGGAAUCCUUUCUAUUCAAGGCACUGGCAAGGAUAUGGACAGACUCGUUCACGAAUUUGCUCGUCAAAAUCAACUGCAUGUCACCGAGGUGGAGGAAUUGGUCGAGCGAGUCUAUGGAAAUCUCGACGAACUGCGUCGAGAUCGAAAAGCCAUGCAAGACGCAUACAGCACGUGCUUAUCGGAUACCUUCGCCAACUAUGGCUGCCAGCGAUACCUCGAGCACAGUCAGCACCACGAUAAGUCCACAUACGCAUAUCGUUUCGACUACACGAGUCGAAAUAUGUGGGGAUGGCUGGCUGUGAUGGUGCCUUAUUUGACCGGAACACAUUGCUCCGAUGUUAUCUAUCUGUUCGACUGCAAUUAUUUCACCGCUCCGCUGCCGAUGACGAAGAAAGAUCGAAAGAUCAGCAAAAUGACUAGCAGCAGUUUUAUGGAAUUUGUAAAAACUGGCUCACCUUCACAUCUACCCUGUAAAUGGGAGCCUGUUGGAAAGACCGGCGAGAUACGGUCAUUAAGCAUAAGCGAGAAGCCAACAAUGAUCGGCGAGAUGUUCGACAACCGCAUUCAACGGAUCGACGAUUUCCUGAAAGAGAUCCUUUCUCGACGAUCUCGGGACCAAUCGUCCUAA